AUGAAUUUAUUUGCAAAACAAGCAUUAGAGUUGGUGAAGUAUGUGAACCCAAACAACUUCCUGUUAUUGAUCUUGAAGCUUAUUUAUAGUUUCUUUCUUUUUUCAAUCAAUGAUUGGCCAUUGUCUUGGUGCAGCUGGUGGUUGCAUACAUUCUUUAACCAAGAUAAUUUGAAAGAGGAUGCUACAAUUGUUACUGUCCGGAAUUUUAAGAAAAAACAUGAAGCUGGUGUUGCAAUCUCCCAAUUCAUUUGGAUUUGGUGGACACAAUUUUUAACAUUUCUGGAUGCAGUGAAUAUGGAACAUUUGUUUAUAUGGAUUUUAUCUAAGGAAUUAGAAACAUCUCAUUGAUAUGAGUGGAUAUGAAAACAUCUCAUUUAAUUUAGUGGGUAUCAUGUUCCAACAAUAACUUAGAAGGAUGAAUUAA